UUAAUGUACCAGCUAUAUAUACUUUGAUACAUAUUAUUUUCAUUUACUUUUCAGUGUGCAUAUUUCAUUGCUAAUUGUUAACUUUAAGUAAGAUAUAAAUUGAUAGUGUAUGCACUGAAUGCAAACCAAGUUAUAAACUCAUCUCGAAUUUCAUAACAUUGAAUAUCAAGAUAUGCGCGCUUUAAACGUUGUUAUCGACAUUGUUAGUGACAGCGACUUUGUGCAACAUGGAGGACAAAUUAAAAAAUACAGUGGAAGUACUUAAAUGUCAACAAGUUUUUAUAUAUUGUUUUUAAAGACAAAAUUAUUUGACUGACUGAAUUUCCGAGCAUUUGUGCAAAAUGUCUCAAAUUGCAAAGGUACACCAGAUAAAAAAUCUUACCGUAGAAAAACGGAAACAUUUUCACCGGGCAUUGGAUCUGAAUAUAAAUGUUGGAUCAGAAACAAUGAGAGACCUUGCAAACCUAUACCUGCAGAGGAAAGGAGUAAGUCUUAAGCAGCAUGUUCGUGAACCAUGUGUCAACAGAACAAUUAAAGAAUACAGAAACCUUCCUCAGGAACAAUUUCAAACACUCUCUUCAAGCACUCCAAGUCUACGUCAUAUGGAUAUUUCUUUAUUAACGGUUCUUCUUCUUAAAACCUUCCCAGAGCAACUCUCACCUGAAGCCAGAAAAAGCAUCAAUGAACUUAAACAAAUAAGAAACACAUUGGCGCAUGCGGUCAAAGCAGAGUUAGAUGAUGAUACAAUCUUUAACGAUACAAAGCAGUCUAUUUUAAGUCUUGGAAAGGAAAUAUCUGUAAAACGAAGAAACUAUUCACAAGAACUAUUCAGUGAAAUCAAUGAUAUAAGGCGUCAAGAAUUGGUAUAUAGUCACUGCAACUUAGAUAGAAUAAAACUUAACAAUGAAGUGUACGUAAUAAAGGUUGUGGAAGCCACGGACGAUGAAAGUGCGAAUUCUUCUAGCGCUAGCGCUUGGAUGAUUAAAAUUGGAUUAACAAAGUGGGUGAGGCAACUCACGCGUGGAAUCGAUGUUAGUACUUUCCUUCAUAUGCUGAAAGAGGAAAAUGUAAUAAGUGACACAACAAAACGAUAAAUAGAGGACGAAUAUUCAUAUGAAGAGCAAAUGCAGCAGCUCGUUCUUCACAUGAUGAAUGAGACUACCGUCAAUUUAUGCAAACUGUGUCAAUGCCUGCGACAGUUAGCACAUGUAAUGGCAGACUUGGUGGAGAAUUCAAAUACAGAUGGAAGAGAAAUUGAACAAUAUUUAAAAGAAUACGAAGAAGAAAAGGUCAAGGAAAUACUAAAAGAACAUUUAAUGGAAAGAGAGAAUAAGUCUAUUCCUACUGAACGCCUCCAUAUUUUUGUUGAGAAACGUUUUGGAGUUCCGAUGGCGUUUAAGAAAAUUCAAAUGUAUGUAAGCGCUGUCUUUCCAAAUGUGAGGUACACGACAGAAGAUUUCAGUUUUAUUGGCUUGGCCUGGAGAAAUGAAAUCAAAAAAGGAAACGAAGAAGUCUCUGACAAUGGUACGGACAAUGUAAAUGUGUCGCUCAUGACUUGCGAAACCUUUGCAUACUUUAUGGGUAAUUGUAUUUCAAAACUUGAUGAGAGACUUGUAGGUCCACUGUCCAGAGCUAUCCGGGAACAAACUAUUGCACCAUCAAUCUUUUUAGAGAUGUCACCAGAUGAUAUGAAAGAUGUCUUUUCACCAUAUAUAGAACAUUCACAUGAUAAUGAAGAAACUAAUCUGAAAUACGGUUUCGGUGUAAAGAAAUUUUUGGAGAACAAAAAGAAUGAAAUAAGAGAUCAUAGCGAUAUUAAAUUUACAACUGAAGCCGUUGAAAAUUUACGUCUUUUUGAUUCUCCUUUUACGAGACAGAGCUACCAGAGACUUAAAGUGCAACCAAAUCUAGGUAAUCUCUUAAUACCAGCACACGAAUUCAGAUGCCCACCAACAAGCAAAAUAUACAUUGAGCACUUUGUUGUGAAAGAGGUUAUAAAAUUUACCGCUGCCUGUAUAAAUGGCCGAAAGAAUGGCACGAUUCAUUUUGGGAUAGAACAUUCCGGAAACUGUAUUGGCAAAAUAAAAGGUAUGCAAAAUAGCAAACUGUGGCAUUGUUUAGAUAAGAAAAUAGGAGAAGCCAUUAAUGUAUGUUUCAAAGAAAAGGCAUAUGUAGCAUUUAAAUGUGUUCGACCAGCACAGUUUAUUCCAGUUGAAGGAGACGGUAUUGUUAUCGAGAUAGAUGUUGUUCCAUUUUCAAAAUAUAUUUCGAAAUCCUUUCUUAAGAUAUUCUUUCCUCCGAAGGGCAACCAAAAACAGCAAUGCUAUGUGUACAGCCUUAAACCAGAUGCCGGUAUCUUACCUGUGAGUGAACAUGCCAUUCAAGAAUCAGAGAAUUUUUAUGAAAAUGUUCUACAAGAAAGGAUGAAUUUAGAGCAGUUCAACGACAACAGAAUCAGCACUUCAAGUCUUCUUGAAAAACUGCUUCGUAAAAUGUUGACAGGUGGAAAUAUAUUUAAGCAAAACCCAGCUGUAGUUUGCAAACUUCCACAUUGCAAUGGUCACUUUAUAGAAAUGACAAAAGUGGAACGAGAAUCGUUAGAAUUUACCGAUAUAGAAAUUAUAAGUGGAGAAGAAUGUAUUGACCUGGAGGCACAAAUGACACCAGAAGAUACAAGAAGAAUUGCAACUGAGAACCACCAGCAUGAAAUUGAACAGCAUCCAGGAGCAGGUUGUAAUACGCUCGGGGUAAUGGAGGCAAAAGUGCGACGAAAUCAAGCAUUUACACAAAGAGUCGAAGAAGCUAGACAGCAUUUAGAACAAGACUGUAAUCAACAAGUUGAUGAAAGAGAUCUUCUCGUUUAUUUAGGAGAUAAAAUUAUUACAUUAUCUAAUCAAGGUCCAAACACUCACAGUAGUGUAGUUUGUUCUAUGGGGGAAUACAAGCGAUUGCUUUCUUACAGCACAAAACUAGUAGCAAAGCAAACGCAAGCAGCAGCAUCAAAGCGUCUUUAUCUUGAAACAUUUUUGUACUACGCAAUGCUGCAUUGGCCGUUGAAGACGAGAACUAUGUUAGAUGUUGAAGCAAUGUCAAAACCUACUACAUAUGAGCAACUGAUCAAGAAAUGGGAAGAAUCAUAUAAUAACAAUUUCUACAUUAAAACACUAGAGCAAGGCAGAAGGUAUAGGCCAAAGAACUAUUUUGCACUGGGCAAAGGAAGUCCUGGGAAUGAUAUAAUAGAUCUUGAAUCCAUUAAAAGAGAAUGGAUGGAUAAGAAAAAGAAGGAAACUGGAAGAGUCAGAAAGCCGGUUUACAAAGACUUUUUCUGGAGAGAAACAUUUGUAGAAGAGAGGUUAGCAAGACUGGAAGGUUUUGUUGAUGACACUGGGAACAAUAUUACGCAUGAGGCAGAAUAUGUCAAAGAAUCCUAUAAAUUUAGGAUACGGACAUACUAUCCAUGUCCACAUUUGAGUAACCGAUCAGUUACAUUUGUUCUUGGGUUUACUUGGAAAGAGCCAAUAGCGUUUGAUGUCGUAGAAUUUGGAAAAGAAGGAAAUUCAUCACUUGGAAAUGAAACUCUUGAGUCCGAAUCUGCUAAGAGACACGGGAAAAAGAACAAUGGAGAUGAAGAAAGCGAAAUUCUAUAUGGUAAGACGGAUUAA